AUGCCGCUGCCUCUCGACACCGAGGUGCUGGCUAAGAUCGAGCAGGAGGCUUCCUCAGCGGACAGGCCCUUUUCUAGAAUGUCUCGAUCUGUUGACGAACAGGAACACAGCAUGGAGCUCCAUCUACCGUACAUCCACCGCCUUCUGCAGCGCUUAUAUCCCACAAUGCCGACGUCAGCCUACCCCCCGCUAGUGCCGAUGAUGGUGGGCAGCACCUCUGCGGCAAACGAGCGAGUGUUUGGCUCGAUCCUUCGGCCUUACCUGGCUGACGAAGAGAACGCGUUUGUGAUCUCGUCUGACUUUUGUCACUGGGGCACGAGGUUCGCAUAUACGUACUACGUGCAGGCACCUGGCCCAACAACCUACAAGCUGCCGCUUACGUACCCUUCUCUACCGGUUCCGUCGGACAUGCUGACCGCAGAAAGGGCGGCGGAGGAAGUGCGUGCAGCGUCGUCAGGGCGGAUGCUGAGAGAGAACGACAAGUCAUACAACAAGGAGAAAUAUAUGUGGGCUAUCCACGAGAGCGUCUCUGCGUGUGACAUGGCAUGCAUGUCUGCAAUAGCCAGUGGCAAUACGGACGUAUUUCAGGAAGCAUUACGGCGGACUGGAAACACUGUAUGCGGGCGUCAUCCGAUUGGCGUGGUGAUGGCGGGGAUCGAGGGAUUACAGCAUCAGGCAGAAACAACCAUGGGAGCAGCAGUGACGCAGGACGGGGUGAAGAAGGGCAAGUUCUACUUUAUAAGGUACGAACGGAGCUCUGACUGCUUCUCGGUCCAAGACAGCUCAGUGAGCUAUGUUUCUGCGUUUGCCGUGCUGUAA